UCCUAUUUUCCUCCAGCGGCAUAAGUAUGGCACUGAAAGCAUACCGCGACAUUGAAGAGGGCGAAGAACUCACCAUCUCAUAUCUUACUCUGGGGCAAACUUCAUCCCACCGUCAGCACGCCAUAUCUUCCUGGGGCUUCAAUUGCUCCUGCUCGCUCUGCUCGCUCCGAAAACCCGAAAAAGCCGCCUCCGAUAUUCGUCGCAAACUUAUCGCCCAGCUGACUCCCAAAAUUAUGCAGCUUUGGGACGCCGGAGAUGACACAGCGGCCAUCUCACUCGCAGAAGAGAGCGUUCAGAUUAUUGUUGACGAAGGAUUGGAGCACCUGCUGACCGAACAAUAUGCUUUAGUUGCAAAACUAUGGCUGAUGCUGGGUAAGAAGAGGCAACGCGGAACGACCGUACUGAAAGGGGAGGAGCGAGUGCAGUCUGAGAUCUGGGCGAGAAAAAGCUGGAUACUACUUGGUAGUAUGGGAUUUCUGGGGACCAAGUGGGAUGGACAUGAUGACUUUGAUCUGGAAGCAUUUUUAGAGCUAGUGAGUGAUGGGAUCAAAGAGGUCAUGCUAUGGUAG